CCGGUGCCGUCCUGCUUCUGCGACAACGCACUCCGCUGCUCUUUAUAUGGCUUCAAUCCCCUGUGGAUAUCGCCAUGCGAUAUCUCUGGACUGCCAACUAAGAAGGCCUCAUGGCUUCCCCGUCGAGUGUGCCGAGGUGGACUCCGAGUCCGAGUCCGAGCCCGAGCCGGCCGCUCCGCCCGCGAGCCACGGCAGCGGUUGGCGACGACAUCGGGAUGCAUGGCGUCAUCAGCCCCAGGGCCGUCGGUGAGGCUAUCUUCCCGUUCGGUGAUGUUCUCACUUCCCCACCGCCGCUGAACGGAGGUCCUCGUCGCGACGACGAGCACGGAGCGGAGGAGGUAGGAAAUGGAGACCUCGCCGGUCGUAAGGUCGCCGGCAAUUCUGGAAGCAACCAGCAAGGCGUUUUCCUCACCUGGGAGGAUCUCUGGGUCUCGGCGAUGGACCGCAAAGGUGGGCGCGUCUCCAUCCUCUCUGCCGUCACCGGCUACGCUCGGCCUGGCGAGGUCUUGGCUAUUAUGGGACCUUCCGGUUGUGGCAAAUCCACACUUCUUGAUGCAUUAGCAGGAAGACUAGGAUCUGCUGUGAGUCAGAAAGGAGACAUACUGAUCAAUGGCCAAAGGCAGAAGCUCGCCUUUGGGGCCUCGGCUUAUGUAACUCAAGAUGAUGUUCUCAUGACAACGCUGACGGUGAGGGAGGUCGUGUACUACUCAGCGCAGCUGCAGCUGCCGGAUUCCAUGUCGAGGUCGGAGAAGAGAGAGAGGGCCGAGGCCACGAUAAGGGAGAUGGGCCUGGAAAGAGCCAUGGACACCAGAAUCGGAGGGUGGUCUUCCAAGGGCAUCAGUGGCGGGCAGAAACGGAGGGUGAGCAUCUGCAUCGAGCUGUUGACGCGGCCUCAGCUGCUGUUCCUCGACGAGCCCACGAGCGGGCUCGACAGCGCCGCGUCCUACCACGUCAUGGACCGCAUCACCAGGCUGGCUCGUCGGGAAGGGAUGACCGUCGUGGCGGCCAUUCAUCAGCCCAGCAGCGAGGUGUUCGAGCUCUUCCAUGGCCUUUGCCUCCUGGCUUAUGGCAGGACUGUCUUCUUUGGCCCAGCUUCAUUGACUAAUGAGUUCUUUGCUUCGAAUGGCUUCCCCUGUCCUUCUCUAAGAAAUCCUUCCGACCACUAUCUCAGGACCAUCAACAAAGAUUUUGAACAGGAUAUCGAAGAAGAUCUCGAGUCCAAGCCAAGAAGCACGUCUGAAGCAAUUGACAUCCUCGUAAAGUCCUACAGGUCUUCAGCUACUUGGCAGCAAGUAGCACAGCAAAUAGCAGAGAUUCGUGACAUGGGAGGAGAUGUGGUGAAGAAGAGGAACCAAGCAAGCUUCAUGACUCAGUCGCUUGUCCUCACAGGAAGAUCCUUUGUGAACAUGUACAGGGACUUGGGCUACUACUGGUUGAGAUUUGCUAUCUACAUCGCCCUUUGCCUCUGUGUGGGCACAAUUUACCAUGAUGUUGGCCACAGUUUUGGAUCAAUUCAGGCAAGAGGUUCCAUGCUCAUGUUCACAGCUGCAUUCCUAACUUUCAUGGCUAUUGGAGGCUUCCCUUCUUUUGUAGAGGAUAUGAAGAUCUUUGGAAGAGAAAGACUAAAUGGACACUAUGGUGUGACUGCAUUCACAAUUGCCAACACCCUCUCUGCCACUCCAUACUUGGCUCUCAUCUCUGUGAUACCAGGGGCCAUUGCCUACUACCUGGUUGGCCUUCAGAGGUCGAUUGACCACUUCAUCUACUUUGCCCUUGUGUUGUUCAUGUGCAUGAUGCUUGUUGAGGGGCUGAUGAUGAUUGUGGCCAGCAUCGUCCCAGACUUCCUCAUGGGCAUCAUCACUGGAGCAGGGAUCCAAGGAGUGAUGAUGCUAAAUGGAGGCUUCUUUAGGUUGCCCAAUGACUUGCCCAAGCCAGUGUGGAGGUACCCAAUGUACUACAUUGCAUUCCACAAGUAUGCCAACCAAGGAUUCUACAAGAAUGAGUUCCUGGGGUUGAUCUUUCCCAAUAACCAAGCUGGGGGGCCUCCCACCAUCACUGGGGAUGAGAUCUUGAGGGAGACAUGGCAAGUUGAGAUGGGCUACUCCAAGUGGAUCGAUCUUGCCAUCUUGUUUGGGAUGGUCAUACUCUACAGGCUCAUGUUCCUGGGAAUUGUGAAGACUGUGGAGAAGUUGAAGCCCAUCUUCAAGUCUCUAAUGGCCAGAGUUCCUCAGAAGUCCCUAUCAUAACUCAAUGAUGGAGAAAACAUUUAUUCAUUGGUGUGUAAUUUCAUUGCAUGAAUUGGUGUGCAGUGUUUAUUGCACAAUUUAUUUUUAUGCAGAGCAAAUAUCUACAGUAUCCAAGUUGUCAUAACAAAUAAUUAAUCUAUGAA